AGUACCAAGUGCGUUACCCCUACUCCGCACAAAAUGGCCAGCUUUCUUGUCGCAAUGAGGUUUUCGAGUCUAAAUAUCUCAAGAUAUUUGGGUUGGAAUGCAUCUAGAAAGUGUCUCUCUACCGCCUCAGGUUUACACGAAGUGGUGAUUGCCAGUGCAGUGAGAACACCAAUAGGGUCUUUUAGAAGUUCCCUGUGCAGUGUGCCAGCCCCCCGGCUAGGAGCUGUUGUUGUCAAGGCUGCAGUAGAAAAAGCAGGUAUCAAGCCAGAGGAUGUGCAAGAAGUCUAUAUGGGAAAUGUGUGUACAGCUGGUGAAGGUCAAGCUCCCGCACGACAGGCAACCCUUGGAGCAGGCUUGCCGAUAUCAACUCCUUGUACCACAAUAAACAAGGUCUGUGCUUCUGGAAUGAAGUCCAUUAUGAUGGCGGCCCAAAGUCUUGCUUGUGGAGAUCAGGAAGUGAUGGUUGCUGGUGGAAUGGAGAGCAUGUCUAAUGUACCAUUUCUAGUUGGCAGAGAUCCACCAAAAUAUGGGGGUCACACAAUGGAAGAUGGAAUUGUCAAAGAUGGCUUAUGGGAUGUGUAUAAUCAGAUCCACAUGGGUAACUGUGCAGAAAAUACAGCAUCAAAGCUUGAAAUAAGCAGAGAGGAACAGGAUGAAUUUGCAAUUAGUUCUUACAAGAAGACAGAAGCUGCAUGGCAGGCAGGGACAUUUAACAAUGAAGUCAUCCCAGUCACUAUUCCUCAAAAGAAAGGUAAACCUGAUGUGGUCUUCAGUGAAGAUGAAGAGUUCAAGCGAGUGUCGUAUGACAAAUUCGCGACCCUGAAGCCUGCCUUUCAAAAAAACAAUGGAACAGUAACAGCCGCCAAUGCCAGCACACUGAAUGAUGGGGCUGCCUCCCUCGUGCUCAUGACCAGACAGGCUGCUGACCGGUUAGGAGUGAAGCCGCUUGCUUCCAUAGUAGGAUUUGCUGAUGCCUCAGUUGCACCAAUUGACUUUCCUAUUGCACCAGCAGCGGCCAUGCCUAAGUUGUUACAACAGACUGGAUUGAAAAAGGAGGAUAUUCACAUGUGGGAAAUUAACGAGGCGUUCAGCGCUGUUGUUCUGGCCAACAUCAAGCUGAUGGAGUUAGACCCAGACAAAGUGAACAUCCAUGGAGGCGCCGUUUCAGUAGGCCAUCCUAUUGGAAUGUCCGGUUCUCGACUUAUAGCCCACAUGACGCAUACCCUGCCCGAGGGAGCCCUGGGUCUAGCAAGCAUCUGUAAUGGCGGUGGUGGCGCAUCAGCGAUGGUCAUCAAAAAACUCUGACGUACUUAGAAACCUGUGACGUCAUCACAUUGACUCUGACUUCGUGACAUGUAUUUAUAGCGAAUAUGCAGUUAAACUGCCUAUAUAUGGAUGGGAAGGACUGGUCACUGGGUGAAAUGAUGUUCAGCUGGGUGUGAAAUUUUAAAAGAUGAAUGUACAAUACGAAUUCGUUGCUAGCUAAUGCGACCGCUAUAGUUUUGAGUCUUGAAACUCCUCUUCGUCGGCGAAAAAAGAAAAACUUAACAUAACGCAUUCCGAAAAUGUUUGUGGUUGCCGGUCAAGGAGCGCGAUAAACUAAUCAAUUUUCGUUGGCCAAACAAGACAGUUUAGGCCAGUAGAAUGCCGAUCUCUCGCUGUAAUCAAUAAGCACCUCGUAAAGCUUACACCAUUUUAGUUCAGGGCGCAAUCUCAGAGCCCUGUCACCGGGAAUUUAAUUCGAUUGUAAUAAAUUCUAGAAGAGUCUCGUGAA